AUGCCCCCACCCAAGCUACGCGGCGGCUUCUUCCUCCCCUCGUACCACCCGAGAAUACAAGACGUGCUGCACAAGUCACCACCUCUGCCUGCUGGACGACCCAAUAAACCAAACUCGGUCGAUGGUUCAACCCCGAAAGAGGCUGUCAACGCUGUUCCUAAAGCUUCACCGACUCUAGCUUCGUCAGCCUCCUCCACGGCGUCACAUGGCACGUUCGAUCAGGUAUGUGUUUAGUCGAGAAACCGCAGAUACCUCUAAUCAUGCUGACGUACUGUAUGCAAUCGGUCAGAACACCCCUUGGAAUCCAUCCCCCGCUCCCAAGCGAUUGGACAAGAACUGGUUCACCGCCCACAGGGCCCGAGGGCGUCGCUGAAGGGGAUCUCAUCGUCGCAAGCGCUGCGAAACUGCCCUUCGUGUAGACUAGAUCCAGUGAAUAGCUCCGUUUCCUUGCUCGACUGAUUUUCAAUCGGAGAGAAUCGCUGACAGAAGCCCGUUCGUCGCUAGGCUUAGCAGCAAGCCCACCCGAACGACACGCCCAGGCCAACCCCACAAGAGAUCGCCUCCAGCUCCUCGUCCGAAUCGGCCUCGACGAGCGAACCGGUUGCCGCCAUUCAUCAGAAAAGACACCUCACCCGUCAGCGAAGCUAGACGACACAAAAACAUCCUGGAUCUUUACCCGGAAUGCACUUCAAACACCAAAGCACGACGCCCACAGAAUCGCCGGGGGGAUAUUCGGUGCCUCGUUCGGCUGGCCUGUCCGAGCCCUCGCCGACCGAAGUUUUCCGCCAGGACCGGUACUGCAUCGAACCUGGACCCACUUACCCGGCUUCAAAGUACCUAGAGAUGACCGUUCUUUUUCUUUUCGUAGAAAUUAGCUAAACAGCAGAGGCAACUCCCUUGUAAUGCCCGAAAAGACUCACCCCAAGGCACCGGCUACGUGUACCUCGCGCCCCCGCGAGAUCUUCGGAGCCCAGCCAGGGUCUCCGCUGCGAGUCGGGUCUGGCUGGAACCGUCGGCCUUAUCCCCCGCGCCCCCGGUCGGGCUCGUCCGGAACUCCGCACUGCUCCUCUUCGUCUUGGGCGUAUCCGUCCUUUGUUUCCCUCUCUUUCGAACGCAUCAACCAGCCCCAGGCGUUCCCCCUCCCCGGUACGACCUCAAGCUCGUUCUUUUCGAUCGCCUACCAAGUUCUGUCUCAGCUCGCCUCGUCGUCGCCUCUGGCCACCCUCAAAACCGGUCCCUCCGCUCGCGUCGCGCCGCGGCCCCCCAUCAUCCCGGCUCUACCCCAACUUCCCCCAACGACGAAUCAGAGAAUGGGCGGUCUCUCCCAACCCGUUUGUGGCAAGCUCUUGAGUCAAGCUGCGUUGGUCUCGUCGAGUCAGGUGGAGGCGGUGUUGGCAGCUUAUUGUUAUGCGUGAGUGAGGACGAUCCCGCCAGCCGGUGCCUCGGAGACGGUGAGCCGAUGGUGGCGCGAUACCGGCCCUGGUAUUUUCGGCGUUUGAUAAUAUCUGGGGAAUCAAACUCGGACUGUCCUUGUGGAAUUGUGAGGUACGAGCUACUGACCGUCUUGUCGUCACCCGUCUUGAACGCAACUGCAGUAAAUGGAUCAACUGCGGUGGCAACCCAUCAACGGCCUCACGCAAGCUGCACCUCCUGACUCUCUACCUUCGAGCGGUGUAAGUCCGCCCCCCCCCCCCUCCCGGGCCCCCCUCUGCCGUUAUCCGACCCUUUACAACCAACUAAUUAAAUAACAUCACCUCUUUUCCGCAGGGAUUCGAGUCACCUCUUACAAAAGCACUACGAAGCCUUCACCAUCAUCGCCUUCACCCUCAAGCACCACCCGUCCUCCCUGCUCGAUUAUUCUCUCACGCGCACGUGCGCCUCGUCCCGAUCCGAUCUGUCUUCUUCAGAGCUUAAUCAAAUGAACUCGAGUUCGAGCCCGAGUCAGGAGGCGUGGAGUUUGGCGUUGAAGAGACCGAAAUCGAUUUUUAGGAGAAUGUAUUCGGUGCCGUUGGGUGGGGGUGGCGGCGGGGGCGGAUAUCUGUUGACCGUCACGGGGAAUGGCAGUCGUAGUCGCAGUGGCAGUGGUGGUGGGAGUAGUGAUGGACAGAUCAGUGGGGGUGCGAGUGAAGCUCAGGGUGAAUCGGUGAUGAAUGGUGUACAAAGAUCUGGGUUCGGGAGAAGUAUUAGUGAAGGAUCCAUGUCGGGCUUGAUUGCUCUUGGGGAGACAGCACAAGAUGGUGAGCAAGGGAUGGGACGAGAAGUUGGGUUCGCAGGUGCGGACGAGGGUUCGAACGAGGACAGCUUGGAACAGAUGAGGGAAAGUUUGAGGCUGAGAGCUGGCAGGGGAACUUCACAAGGCUUGGGGAGGGGGUUGUUGAGGUACGUCAACGCGGUCGCUUCUUUCGCUCGGGGGCCAAAACUCUUUCCUUUCUCGCGAGAGGCUGACUCUCCCUCUCUUUCUCACUUCGCAGUGCCCCACCCAUGUACGACGCCUCCGUUCUAGCGGACUACAUCGAAAGGAAUAGGCACAUGAUGCCGACGCAUCGUGCACCCGGUUGGGAAGAGGAGGAGUUGCCGGGAUGGACGCCGAGGCUCGCAGCGGCGCAGUAG